AUGGGGGCGAGCACGGCGUCGAGCAGGCUGGCGGCGGCCUCACCGACGAGCAGCAGGCUCUCUUCGACAACUACGGCAGCUGCUUCGGCGCGUACUGAAAAGCAGGGCACCCCAGGGGCGCACCGUACAGGGCGCGGCCCCGCACGCGGAGGGGUGGUGCUGGCGGCUGGUCGGCGCCCUCCCGCAGAUGCCCACUGCGGCGAGAUGCGGCACACACGGCUGCUCGCGUCAGCGCACGCCUCCGUGAUCCUGCAGGGAGGGGGGGUGGAGGCGGCAGUGGAGGCCCCUGCGCUCGGCCGAGCUUCGAGAGGCACCGCAGACGUGGCUCCGGGCGCGUGGCUUCGCGACGGGCCCCGUUGCCGUGCAGGAGUCGGCGCGCUCCGUCGCCGAGUCCUGCGGCACUGGCGCCCAGUUUCGGAUCCGUGA